AGAGGGUCUUUGACGUCAGACAUGCCCUAUAAAAACCCAGAAUAAGAAGGGGAAACAGUGCUGGAAGCUAAGCCAGUUCAUCAGCAAGGAUGCCAACUCCAAACGCCUCCAGUGCUUCAGCCAAAGGCUUCCGGCGGGCAGUGUCAGAGCUGGACUCUAAACAAGCUGAGGCCAUCAUGUCUCCACAAUUCAUAGGUAGACGUCAGAGUCUUAUUGAAGAUGCCAGAAAGGAGAGAGAAGCUGCUGCAGCUGCUGCGUCUGAAGCUGCUGAAUUAACUGAGACUAUCGUCUUUGAUGAGAAGGAUGGGCUAGCCGUGUUGAAUCUUCUGUUCACACUUAAAGGAGGGAAGACUUCACUCCCAUCGCGUGCCCUUAAAGUCUUUGAGACCUUUGAAGCCAAAAUUCAUCAUUUGGAAACAAGGCCCUGUAAGAAAGUGCAAGAAGGUUCUCCUGACCUGGAAUACUUUGUGAGAUGUGAACUCCAUUGCUCUGCGCUGAGCACAUUCAUCAGUUCCCUUAAAAGGGUGUCAGAAGAUGUAAGGAGCACCAAAGAAGACAAGUUUCAUUGGUUUCCAAGAAAAAUUUCGGAGUUAGAUCUAUGUCACCAUUUAGUUACCAAAUUUGACCCUGAUUUGGAUCUGGAUCACCCAGGAUUCUCUGACCAAGUAUAUCGUGAACGAAGGAAAAUGAUUGCAGAAAUUGCUUUCCACUAUAAGCAUGGAGACCCAAUUCCUCGAGUUGAAUACACAGAAGAGGAAAUUACCACUUGGAGGGAAGUGUAUAGUACUUUGAAGAGUCUUUAUCCCUCUCAUGCCUGCAAAGAACACCUGGAUGCCUUUCAUUUACUGGAGAGGUAUAGUGGCUAUAGUGAAAACAACAUCCCUCAGCUGGAAGAUGUCUCUUGCUUUCUGAAAGAGAGAACUGGGUUCCAACUCCGACCAGUAGCUGGCCUUCUCUCAGCUCGGGAUUUCUUAGCCAGUUUAGCCUUCAGGGUGUUUCAGUGCACACAGUACAUCCGCCAUGCUUCUUCUCCCAUGCACUCUCCAGAGCCGGACUGCUGUCACGAACUUCUGGGGCAUGUACCAAUGUUGGCUGAUAGGACAUUUGCACAGUUCUCUCAGGACAUUGGACUUGCAUCUUUGGGUGCAACUGAUGAGGAGAUUGAAAAACUUGCAACACUUUAUUGGUUCACGGUGGAGUUUGGGCUCUGCAAGCAAAAUGGAAUCAUUAAAGCCUAUGGAGCUGGCCUCCUCUCUUCUUAUGGAGAGCUCAUACAUUCUUUGUCCGAGGAACCAGAACUACGGGACUUUGACCCUGAUGUUACGGCCAUGCAACCCUAUCAAGACCAGACCUAUCAGCCUGUUUAUUUCGUAUCAGAGAGUUUUAAUGAUGCCAAAGCUAAACUCAGGGUCUAUGCGGCACAUAUCAAGCGGCCUUUUUCUGUGAAAUAUGAUCCUUAUACCUACAGUAUUGAGCUCUUGGAUCGCCCACAGAAGAUCUGCCACUCCUUGGCAAAUGUGUGUGAUGAGCUCCACUCAUUAAUUGACGCACUCAACAUUAUCAGCUAACACAAGAUUUGGAUGCCCCCCCCUUUUUCCCCCUCCAAGCCAAUGUCUUUUUCUGUACCUGCAAAUCUGGUUUCCUGCCACGGCUACUACAAUCACUGCACAGUGUUUGGGCCAAUAACGGCACUAUGAUUUCUUGUAGGGUUUUGUGUUGCUGUUUCUUGCCACAAUAAUACCUAUGGUGUGAAUUGUGCCACACAUGCCGUGGUAUGGAUGCAUUUUAGUGACAAGCUUGGUUGAAGAAAGGGAAGUAAAUGAAGCUUAGGAGUUUAAUCCUGGGUAUUUUUUUUAUUUAUUAAUAGAGAGGGAUCUGGAUUGGACAAAUGCCAUAAGAAAUAAUUGCACAGCACACUGUAAAUUCCCCCUUUAAAGAAAAAGAAAAGCAAUGUGUUCCCAAAACAUCCCCCAAAUUAUAUUUUUAAAAUUAUUUAAAAUACGAGAGAUAAGCACAGAAGAGACCAAAUAGUUUCUUACACUACCAGGUUCAAAACAGUUUAACUCCACUUUCUGACACUCAGUUCUGCUCACUUCUUCCCCCCAUGGAAAUGAGAAGAACAGCACCCAAAUCAAGAGACAGAAAAGUUUUAAUUUUUGUAUUUCUGAGGAAGGCUUCCAUUAAAUAUCUUGGACAAUUUACUAGUUUAUUAUAUUCUCCAUGUUUUUUUUCUCUCUCCCCUCCUCCCCCACUUUGUAAUUUUGCAACAUCUUCUAUGGCUUUGUUUUUCCCAGAAAGACCAAACAUUCCAUUAGUAAUUCUCUGUUAUGAGCAGAAUUCUCCCAGCUCUUUUGCUUAAAUGAUUUCAGACAGGUACAAGCCUCAGGGGCCUGUCCCACAUGCAAAGAUUCGACUAGUAACAGGAGCUCUGAAGAAUUCCAAGGGAUGACUCAGAAUAAGGCCCAGUGAACUUUUCUCAUCUGACUGGAACAUCUUUCUCAUCAUCUCUAAUCUUUCCAUCUGGGAAAAAUUCUUCCAGGAUGAGCCAGGUUUUGACUAAUGCACAUUGGCUACAGUUCUCUGAAGGCUUGUUUUGUGGCCCCAUGAAUCUCAGUGGAAUCUCUUGCCAAGCCUGUGAUGAAGAGAAGCAUCGGCUUCUCAAGUCAAAACAAGGUCCAGCACCAAUCAACAAGCUGAGCUGACCCCGAUCAGAGUCACAUCUGCAGUGCUGCUGAUGCUACCAUGUCUCAGCAGCAAUUUUUAACUCUGCAACCCAUCAUGCUGUGUUACCAGACAGGUCCUACCCAGAGCUUGGCAAAUAGGGAGUGUGGAUUAGAGUAAAUCCAGGUUCAGGUCUGUCCCCAUUAGUGCCACUUACAGUAAGAACGAUGCUCCUUGGGAAACCUAUAUGAGAUAAAUGUUUUCUGCUACAAGCAGAAGAAUCCACAGGAUCGAGGAUUAGGUCUUCUGAACUCUUAGACCCUUGGCAGCAACCAUCUGUCCACAAACCUAGAGUGCUGUGUUGGGUAGAAUGAAUAGCAGGAAAUGGCUAAUGGAUAAUAAUUCUCCAUGUUAAAAGUGCUGAUCUUGCUCAGCCGAUUUCUAAUAUCUUUUCCUCCUCUGAGGAUGAAAGUGAGUGAUGAAAUGUGUGGCAUAAUAUCUUGGCACAAUGUCUUUGACUUAUGUACUUGCAUCGGGGCUUUGGCUUGAGAUGUCACGUUGCACAUUUGGUCAUUAUUAUUAUUAUUAUUAUUUUGGUUAAUAUGGCUUGCAUUAGACACUUCUGUCUAAAAAAAACAGCCCUUGAUUGCUUGAAUGGUUUAUAAGGUCCCAAAAUGGCUCCUGGGUCUGACCUUAGCAGGCCUACCUGAAGUGAGAGAAGAACAAAGAGCAUCACAAUGGUGUGAUGACUAACAUAUUCAGUCUGCAGUUUCCCUGUUCUGCUUAGUUCUUAGACUGUUGACUUCAGGGCUACAAUGCCUAGCCUAAUUGUAGGACAUUUCUGUUCCUUACCCUUGCUCCUUGUGCCCUUCACCUGAACAACAACAUAACAAAAAAAUUGACCACACUUUAUUGAAACUGUAGCUUGAUUGUGAAUAGUGCAACAUGGCCAGCUGGUUUCCAGCCUCAGGCCUGAAUGGGCAUCUCAACAUUGAAGUAUGCUAUUGUUCCAGUACUUUAUAAACCUUCUGUCCCCCUAUAUAGACUUUAACAAUGCUGAAAUGCACUGACAGCACCCUGCUUAGGGAGCAAGAAAUGCCCAGAUGUGUCUUAGAACUAGUGACAUAAAACUUUUCAUUUUAAGACACUUCCUGUUCUAAAGUUCUGUCUAUUAGAGUGGAUGGAAAAAAAAAGAAGCUGGGUCACUUGAGAAACUAAAUAGACAUUAUAUUUUUUGAAAAAGAAAGAACAUUUAAGCAUGUAGCUUGUAGGAUUUCUGUUUUCAUUUUUCAGACAAGAAAAUGUAUAAAUAUAUCCAUUCAAAAUGAACAGGGAAUCAUUUCUAACUAUGAUUGGUUAGGGAUACGUACACCUAAUUUAAAAAAUUCUCUAUGGCUAACUAUUCAGGUCAGUUGAAAUCUUCAUUAAAUGAAAUGGAUUUGGGUGUAUUGUAUACUUCCAAGGUAGUUCAGGUCUCAUAAACAUUCUAUGGCAUCUACAGCACCAUAUUGAUGGAAUACAAAUUAUGAUUUCCCCCAAAUCCUAGAAUAUUUUUUUACUUAUGAUAAUAGCUAACUACACAAAUGUGACAAAAAUCUUGCUACCUAUUCUAUUUUUUUUCAACUUAUUUGAUCCAGAUUGAAUCAUUCCCAACACCUCAAGCUAACAAUUGCAAUAGUGACUGAUGAUGAUAGCAGUUUCAAUCCACAAAUCUGAAAAUGCAUAUGUCUGAAUAUAGUCUCUAUAUUCUAUGAAGCUAUGUGGAACAAGGAUGCCUUGAAAUGUCCUGUAGAAUGGCAAAAGUAGUCAAAACAUUCUUCCUGGUGAGGAAAGUCACUGGUUGAAUUUCUUCCUGUUGAAAGUGAGACUCAACAGAAGAAUGAAGAGAUGCUUCCUUUUUUUGUCUUGCUUGGGAAUAUUUCAUGGUACUUUUGUAUGUAUCUGCCACACAGCUUGAAAGAACAGGUGCCAAUACUAUUGCUGCUGCUGCUGCUGCUAUGUGAAGUUGAUCUGUUUCUCUUGCUCCAUAAAUAAUAUAUUUGUUUCUCAUGCAGCUGCUGCUGAUUUGUUAUGAAUAAAAUCAUAUU